UUCGGACAAGAAAACCGCCAACUUCAUUAAUUCCUAUUUCUCUAUUUUGGUACGAGCCUACAAAACAGAUCCUAAUCAAGCGAGGUCUUUUGUCUCGAUUUUGGAGAAUCCUCCAGCACCGAGAAGGCGAGAAUCUCCGGCUGCAGCCAAUUUUCCUUCUUUUCCCCUGAAAAUCCCACGAAAGGAAUCUUGCUUGUAGGGGAUCCAUCAAAUCUCGUUUUCGUUUUCCUUUUCACGAUCUUCUUUCCGUAUUCAAGAAUAACGUGAUGCACUCGCCGAACCGGAGCAUUUUGGUCUCUCCCUCUUGCUCCCGGUCGGUGACGGAGACCGUGAAUGGUUCGCACAACUUCGUAAUUAGAGGCUACUCUCUUGCCAAAGGGAUCGGCAUUGGCAAGCAUUUAGCCAGCGAGAAUUUCACGGUCGGAGGGUACCAGUGGGCUAUAUAUUUCUAUCCUGAUGGCAAGAAUCCCGAAGAUAAUUCUGCGUAUGUUUCGGUCUUCAUUGCGCUUGCGAGCGAGGGUACUGAUGUACGAGCACUGUUCGAGCUGACUUUGGUGGAUCAAAGCGGAAAUGGAAAGCAUAAAGUUCAUAGCCACUUCGAUCGGUCGCUUGAGAGCGGACCCUAUACUCUCAAAUACAGAGGCAGCAUGUGGGGUUAUAAACGGUUUUUCAAACGAGCUCAGCUUGAGGCAUCUACCUUCAUUAAAGAUGACUGCUUGAAGAUAAAUUGCACUGUUGGUGUUGUAGUCUCAUCUAUAGAUUGUUCAAAAUCGAACAGCAUACAGGUUCCUGAAUCUGAUAUUGGAGCACAUCUUGGCAUGCUAUUAGAGAAUGAGGAAGAAGCAGAUGUCAUUUUCUCUGUUUCUGGGGAAAAAUUUCGUGCACAUAAGCUUGUAUUGGCUGCUCGGUCUACUGUAUUUGAGACUGAACUUUUCAACAGGAUGGAGGAAGAUAAUCAAGAGAUAGUUGUUACUGACAUGAAACCAAAGGUUUUCAAGGCAUUGCUUCACUUUAUUUAUAAAGACACACUUAUAGAAGAUGAAGAGCUCUUUCUGUCACAAUCAUCUUUCUUGCCAGCAGUAUCUGACACAUUUGCUGCAAAAUUGUUAGCUGCUGCGGAAAAGUAUGAUUUGCCAAGACUUAAACUGAUGUGCGAAUCUGUACUUUGCAAAGACAUAUCUGUAGAUUCUGUUUCUUAUAUGCUGGCCCUUGCUGAUCGUUAUCAUGCUACAGAGCUGAAGUCCAUAUGUCUAAAAUUUUCUGCUGAGAACCUUGUUGCUGUGAUGCAAUCUGAUGGUUUUGAGUAUCUUAAGGAGGACUGUCCAUUGCUACAAUCAGAACUGCUAAAGACAGUAGCAGGGUGUGGGGAAGAAUUUAGCGGAGAAGGAAAAUGCCGAAGUGUGUGGGCCCGAUUUUCUGAUGGUGCAGAUACAAAUGAUAAAAGUGUGAGACAACAAACCUGGGAAAAUGGUGUUGAAAGAAAUCAAGGUCUAUGGGUUCAGCUUUCUGAUGGUGUUAACAAUAACGAUGGGAGUCCAGGGCAAGAAGGUUGAUGAGAGUGAAGUUACCAUUAAUUGUUUAUUUCACAGAUAUAUUUGAUAGUUACACACCACUGAAAGCCCUACAAAAGCUCGGCGUUGGUUGAGGGGAAGGUGGCAGGAUGCAAGACCAUGUAAAAAAAAAAGAAAGAAAAACCACGACCAUGUAACGUGCCAUGUUAUUACUUGUUUUAUGCUCUUCGGCUAAUAUGAUCGGAUGAGGAUAGAGUGGCGGCGAUGACAGGUGAUACAUCAUUACAUUGUAUGGGUGACUGAUACAGAUCGAAUAUUAUCACAAUGAACUGGUCAUGCCUUUUGCCUGCCUGAUGGGCUUGUUGAGUCCCCCCAAUCUUGCUUUUCAAGCGAGGGGAUGAAUGAAGAGGCCUUUGUUUUCAAGGAAAAUUUACUAAAAUAAUUCAAAAUAAUGUAAAGGGAGAAUGACAUUUGUGUACCUUGGCAGACUUAGAUGUUUUAUUCGGCUAGACUGUUGAAAUGUUAUUUACAUACUUAGGUCUUUAAGCAGAAUUAAAUUGUUGAAAUGUUA